AUUAAAAAAAAAAAAAAAAAAAAACAGCCCGUUUCGGUGUUUCUUUUCAAACCUAGCCAUCAUCUUCUUUUCUCUACUCAAACCCUAGCCUCUCUCUUUCCCUCACUCUCUGUGCUUCUCUUUGAGCACGAAAUCCACAACGUCGUUUUCAGCUUCCGGUCACGGAAAGUCGCCGGUGGAGAUUCGGACGUGGCAGGUAGCGAGCAAGUGCUUCCUCUAGAGCUAGAUGAAGACAACAACGGUUUCUUAGUAGCCGAGAAUCUGAGCUUCGGGUUUCCUUCUGCCGAUCAGAGAAGACACAGUAGCUUCGUUAGAGAAGAGAGGGAGUGGGUAACGGUGCCAAGAAAAAGCGUCGACGUUCCGUCAGUAACAGCGCCGCCGCGAAGGCCGGUUUCGACGGUGGCUCCGCUUUUUCUUGCAUUUCCUAUGGCUCCAGUUUUUGUUUUCGAAACCUCUAGCGAUGAAGAACACGAUGAUUUUCAACCAGAAGAAGAAGAAGAAGAAGAUGACGAAGAUGAAGAAGAACAGCUAUUAAAUAAGAAGACAGAAUCUCCUUGGGACUUUGCUCCCUACUACGAAUCAGUAGCUGAGGAACAUGCCCGUAAAAGUACAACCUCUAUCGAUUUCAAAAUCAUCAAAGCAAUCCAAAAUCGCACCAUUCCUAUCAUUUCCAACUACGAUGACUCUGAAUCCGAUUCCAACAAACAAGAAGAAGAGGAUAGGAUUGAAGAUGAGGAUGAAGAGACUGGUGAUGCCGUUGAUGUUAAAUCGUUCUAUGUGCCUUCUGACAGAGCUUCGUUUAGUGCCAUUUCAUUCAUUGAGCUGAAUUUAUCGCGGCCUUUGCUUCGUGCUUGCGAGGCUUUGGGGUAUAGUAAGCCUACACCAAUUCAGUCGGCGGUUAUACCGCUAGCAAUGAAUGGGAGUGAUAUAUGUGGGAGUGCCGUUACUGGUUCCGGGAAGACGGCUGCCUUUGCGUUGCCUACUUUGGAGAGACUAUUGUUUCGUCCAAAACGUGUGCUAGCGAUAAGGGUUCUUAUUCUUACCCCAACCAGAGAGUUGGCAGUUCAGGUUCACAGUAUGAUAGAGAAACUUGCUCAAUUUACUGACAUCAGAUGUUGCCUGGUUGUUGGUGGGCUUUCGACAAAGGUGCAAGAGGCAGCCUUGAGAUCAAUGCCUGAUAUUGUUGUGGCCACUCCAGGACGCAUGAUAGAUCAUUUACGCAAUUCUGUGUCUGUGGAUUUGGAAGAUCUUGCGGUACUAAUCCUUGAUGAGGCUGAUCGCCUUCUGGAGCUUGGAUUUAGUGCUGAAAUUCGUGAGCUGGUCCGUCUAUGUCCGAAAAGAAGGCAGACCAUGCUAUUUUCAGCUACAAUGACCGAGGAAGUUGAUGAGCUUAUCAAGCUUUCUCUGACCAAACCCUCGCGCCUCUCAGCGGACCCAUCCAAAACACUGCCACAAACUUUGACUCAGGAGGUGGUUAGGAUACGCCGGAUGCGUGAAGUAAAUCAGGAAGCAGUUCUUCUUGCAUUGUGCUCAAAGACUUUUACUUCCAAAGUUAUCAUCUUCAGCGGAACAAAACAGGCUGCACAUAGGUUGAAGAUUCUAUUUGGAUUAGCUGGCCUUAAAGCUACUGAGCUUCAUGGAAAUCUUACCCAAAUCCAGCGCCUUGAUGCUUUGGAACUUUUCAGAAAGCAGCAAGUCGACUUUUUGAUUGCAACUGAUGUAGCUGCUCGUGGACUUGAUAUCAUAGGUGUUCAAACAGUUAUAAAUUAUGAAUGUCCUCGGGAAUAUAAAAGCUAUAUUCAUCGUGUUGGUCGUACAGCAAGAGCUGGUAGGGAAGGAUAUGCUGUUACAUUUGUUACAGAUAAUGACCGAUCUCUUUUGAAAGACAUUGCUAAAAAAGCUGGUUCCAAGCUGAGAAGUCGAACUGUUGCAGAGCAAUCAAUAACCAAGUGGUCUGAGAUAAUUGAGCAAAUGGAAGAUCAAGUGGCUGAGAUUCUUGAAGAAGAGAGGGAAGAGAGAACCCUAAGAAAAGCUGAAAUGGAAGUAUCAAGGGCAGAAAAUUUGAUUGCAUAUAGGGAGGAAAUAUACUCACGGCCCAAGAAAACCUGGUUUGUUACCGAAAAGGAGAAAAGGCUUGUUGCGAAGGCAUCGAAGGCACCUGUGGAAAAAGAAACAAAUUCUGGAAAAGCGGUAAUCAGUGCACAAGAAGCUGAAGACCUCAAAAUGAAAGAAAAAAGGAAGCGAGAGCAUGAGAAAAAUUUGCCCCGGAAGAAGCGUCGAAAAUUGGAAGCAGCUAGAGAAAUUUUGGAGGAUGAAAAUCAAAUGAAAAAAUUAGAAGGUAAUGAUAAAAACAAGAAUGAAAAGACUGGAUUGUCCCUUGUUGAACUGGGUUACCGACGGGCAAAAGCAGUGAAGGCUGUGAAGAAGGCACUAGAUACAGGCAAGAUUGUGAAGAACACCAAGAAAUCUGAACGUCCUAACCAAAGACAACAAUCAAGGACAAGAGAGAUGCAGGAGCUAUUUCAAAGUGACAUGAGUGAGAAAAAGCAGAAAAGAAAUUCUGUUCCAGGCAAGAAAAAGUCCAAACAUUCAUUUAAGAGCAAGUCAAGGUAUAAGCGCAAGUAGAACUAUGAAGUGAAGCUGGUGGCUAAGUUUUCCUUCGGCAUCUAACUUUAUGUGAGAGAACAAGCUGUCAACGGGAAUUGUGCAUUUGGUGGACAGUGAUAUAUUUAUCUUUGUAACCCAUUUUAUAGAAGAGGUAGCAGAUUCAAAAGUAGUUUGUGUCAGAUAUCAUUUGCAUUUUUGGGGUUGAGGAUAGGAAAGGGGUCCUGCUGCUUUAGGAAGACAUUGUUACUGUAGCAACUAGCUGAUCCAGUUGGCUCCCCUUCAUUUUUGUGAUAAAUUAUUUCGAUGAAGUGUUGUUGUUCCAUUAGUUAAGCAUUAAAGAAAGAAGGUUGCGUUCCAAACUUCCAA